UUGUAAAGUGUUUAUUGGGUGUGUUUCCUAUCAAGCUAUUAUUUUAAGUCAAAUUGUAAUUGAAAAAUUUAAUUUUCUCCGAAACAGUGUUUGUAAUUGUUAAAUUUAGGUUAUUUUUCUAAAAAAACACAUGGAAUUUACUUAAUCCAAAGUCAUGUGACCAGUGACCAUCUAACUUACAUUAUUUGUGUUUUCUGGCUUCUUGUACUUUACUUAUUUUUUAAACCUAGAAAAAUGUACAUUAAAAGUCGCUUCCUUUACUGUAAAUCUUAAUCAAGUUAAAUUAUUCGUGACCAAAAUUUAGAAUACUGUAAAUGUUUAGCCCUAUGAACCAUAAAAGUUGUUUCUAUACAUAAUGUAAGCCUGAAGCACUAACUGUGUUUCUUAGUGGGGUUUCAAAAACAUGAAGAAAUGUACAAGGAAGACUUGUUUAUGCUAUUUUAAUUUAGUAUGGGGUACAAUAUUUGUAUGGCCUCAGACUUCUUCUACCCCAACAUGGGUGGAGUUGAGGAACACGUGUUCAACUUAUCUCAAUGUCUACUGCAGAGAGGACACAAAGUCAUCGUUCUCACUCACGCUUACGGCAACCGAGUCGGCAUUCGAUACAUGACCAAUGGCUUGAAGGUUUACUAUCUACCCAUAAAGACGUUUUACAACCAGUGCGUGUUGCCUACGAUGAUUUGCUCAUUGCCUCUCAUCAGAUAUGUGUUCAUCAGAGAACAGAUCACUCACGUACAUGGUCACUCUGCGUUUUCAGCACUCGCCCACGAGGCCAUGAUCAUUGGCAGGCUUUUGGGAUUAAAGACAGUUUUCACAGACCAUUCCCUGUUUGGUUUUGCCGACACUUCCGCCAUCAUAACCAACAAGUUUUUGGAACUCUCGCUGGCAGACUGUGAUCACUGCAUUUGCGUCUCUCAUACUGGUAAAGAAAACACAGUUCUCCGAGCCAGAGUGAGUCACAAAAAAGUGUCUGUCAUUCCCAACGCAGUCGACACUGUUGCCUUCACUCCCGACCCAACGAGGAGAAAAACUGACAGAGUUACCAUUGUGAUUGUGAGCCGCCUCGUCUACCGCAAGGGGAUCGACCUGCUGGCCCAGGUGAUGGCGGACGUUUGCGUCAAGUACGACAUGGUUCACUUCUUGGUAGGUGGCGACGGGCCCAAAAGAGGGUUGUUGGAGGAGGUUCGCACCAACCUGGGGUUGGAGGACCGGGUGGAGCUGCUGGGUAGUCUAGAACACUCGCAGGUCAGAGACGUCCUCACUCAGGGACACAUCUUCCUCAACACCUCUCUCACGGAGGCCUACUGCAUGGCUAUAGUGGAGGCGGCGUCUUGCGGACUCCAAGUAGUCAGUACGAGGGUGGGAGGGAUACCAGAAGUACUUCCACCGGAUCUUAUCUACCUCACUGAGCCCACUGUCUCUUCGUUGUUGGAGGGACUGGAAAGGGCGUUGGAUGAUCUCCGUCAUGGCAAGAUCGUUGACCCGGAGAUCUGUCAUCGCAGAGUCUCAUCUCUCUACAGCUGGCACAACGUCACACAGCGGACAGAGAGAGUCUACGCUAGUGUUACCAAUGAAUCUGCCAAGACCAUUGGGCAACAACUUAGAAGCUAUAUGAGAAGCAACGUUUUACCAUUCCUUCUGGUCGUAUCUCUUAUGUACCUGAUACUACAAAUACUAGAGUGGUUCGUUCCUAGACAGGGUAUAGACAUCGCCAGAACGUAUACGAAGAAACCAAGAAAGCCAAAAAGCUGACCCUCCUUUUUAUACCUUAAGUUUUAAAUAUUUUCAGUAUUACCAGAUUAUUUUGAAAGUUAUCUUGAUCUAUACCACUGUGUUCCUUGUUAUUUUCUUAUUUUAAUAAAGCUUU